CAACAUGGCGGCAAAUUUGGCGAUUAAAAUAACAUAUCCCAAGAAGACCAUAAAAAGCAGCUGACAAAUGCAACAUGAGUGCUUUACGGCUGUUGGCGAGACGUUUUAACUACUCGACAUUGAGACCCGCGAGAGUUCUUCUUCAUCCAAACGUUGCCACUACACCUUCAUUUUACACUCUUCAAGACAAGAGGCAUAGUAGCAAUGAAGCACCGUCGUAUUUUUUCUUGUUUUCUCCCGAUCUUCCUCCUGUGUAUGCACUUCAAGUAUUCCUGGAGACAGUCCAUACUUGGACUCAUCUUCCAUGGUGGGCAGUGAUUGUUGGCUCUACAGUUGCUUUGAGAAGUAUAGUCACAGUUCCAUUGGCGAUUUAUCAGAAUAAACUUCUUGCUGAAAUUGAAAUGCGUCAACCAACAAUUAGUAUGAUGACUGAAGCUCUUAAGCAUAGGGUAGUUGGAGAGUGUCGCAGAUCAAAUCAACCUCCUGAAGAAGCAGAGAGACAAUAUUUGAGAAAAAGUAGAAAGAUGAUUUCUGAGUACUACAAGUCUGAAGGACUCAGUCCAUUGAGGCUCUCAAUAUUGCCAUGGACUCAGCUUCCACUGUGGUUCUUUCUCUCCUUGUCACUUAGAAACCUGGUUGGUUUCUUUCCUUGGCAAAGGAAUGCAGGUGAAGUAAUCCUUCCUUGCCCAGACAUCGCACAUGAGGGAGCCCUUUGGUUUCCAGAUCUCACUGCAGCAGACCCAACCCUGAUUAUACCUUGUGCUGUUGGUAUUUUUAAUCUUGCCAAUAUUGAACUUCAUGCCCUGCGCCGACACAACACAACCAGAUUUCAGCAGAUUCUAACAAAUACAUUAAGGCUGGUAUCUGUGGGUAUGAUCUUUGUUGCAGCUCAAGUUCCUUCAGCAAUGUGUCUCUACUGGGCAGUUUCUGCUUUCUUUGGCUUGGCUCAGAAUAUAACCUUUAAACUCCCUGCUGUUCGCCGUCUGCUUGGUAUUCCAAAGACUCCCAAUGAGAGUCAACAUCCAGUGCAAGACUUAAAGAAUCUGCUGCGACUUAAGGGAGAAGAGUUUGUAAGAAUUCAAAGAGAAGGACGAUCAGUAAAAAAGAAGGAAUGAUCAGGAAAUUAUACGUCACUGUUAUUGUCCUUCCAUUGCAAAGACAAGCAUUACGCUGGGCUUCUUUAUACGAUGCACAUCCUAAGGCAAGUGUUCCUGAGUACAUUAGAUCUGCCGAUGUCUGGCAUGCAUCCAACUGCUUCUUUGGCAGUCUAUUUCCCAG